AUGUCAGGAUCAGAUCUGAGCAUCUGUCCAAAAAGAAGAGCGUCAGCAGGCCGUCUGCUGCAGAAACCACUGGGACAGGAACGUUUGGUGUCAGACGUUUCUUUGUCUGCCUUUCUGUUUCAGGUAGGGCUGAAAUGUCUGGAUGAGGUGUGCUUUAAGAUCCCCCUUGGCUUUCUUGAGGAUGCAGAGGAAGAAGUCAAGCUCAUCCCAGCUGCAGAUAUCCCUCUGCCUGACUACCUGAAGAUACUGCAGGAAACUGAGAUUUUCUCAGUAUUGUGUUUCCUGCCCUCAUCUCUCAAGGGUUCUGUGAGCUUGAGGCACUGUUGUUGUUUUUUCCAGGCCCAGGACUCAUUCUCCCCCCCGGCCCCAUCGCGGCCGCUCAGUUCCCACGCUGCCGUCCUGGACUCGUCGGUCGAGCUGCUCUCCGCUCUCAGCCCAGAGGAGAGGGAGCUGCUGGUGGCAGUGACUGAGCGGGGCUACCCUCUCCAUACGGCCAUCAUCACCCUUCAGAAAACUGUCCGGCAGAGUCCAGAGCGGGCUGAGGAGUUCCUUCACCUUCUCACUCAGUUUCAUGAAAUUGGCUUCCAGCAGAACGCCAUUAAGGAGGUUCUUCUGGUGCACGAGAACCACAGAGAGCGAGCGCUGGAGGAGCUCAUGACCCGCGUGGCCUGAUGCAGUCCGUAUUAUGAUGCAAUGAAUUGGCUGCGAUCAUGGUUUGUGCUAUUCACCGUGCUCAUAUAGCUGAUGCUUUUUUAUCAUAUGUGAUACUGGAGCACAAAGCCAGUCUUAAGUCACUGGGGUAUAUUUGUAGCAAAAGUCAAAUAUAAAUUGUAUGGGUCAAAAUUAGAGAUUCUU